CGUGCGUUCGCGCGUGCGCGUGUUCAUUUCAAUGGGCGGACAGUAACAGUAAUGUCAGCGCUCGGCCCCGCGGGACUGUUUUGAAUUGUACUUCAGUUAAACAGCAAGAAGAAGGAGAAAAGCAGCCAUGUCAGAAGAAAACGAAGACCCUAAGACUGUGGAGACGGCGGUGGAGGAGCAGAAAGAUGUGGAGAAUAAGGUGAUCUGUCCAGAGAGGUCAGAGGAGGCCAAGCUCAAGGCCAAGUACCCACACCUGAGCGGAAAAGCUGGAGGCUCUGAUCUGCUCAGGAAAAGACUGCAGAAAGGGCAAAAGUACUUCGACUCUGGCGACUACAACAUGGCGAAGGCCAAGAUAAAGAACAAGCAGCUGCCGGCGGCGCAGACGGAGAAGACGGAGAUAACGGGGGACCACAUCCCGACACCUCAGGACCUGCCACAGAGGAAACCCUCUCUGGUGGCCAGCAAACUGGCCGGCUGACCAAUGCCCUGUCCACCAGCUUUUGGCUCUCCGCAAUGCAACAUGCUGCUCUCUCUUUCUCUGUUUCACUCUCUCUCAUGUUUAACACUCCAUGCACUCUCAAAACGGAUGUGUUAAAGGAAUCGCCAGCAUUUUUCCCAUUAAUCUUUAAUUAUUGCAUUGGUAGCACACAUUUCCCUGUAUGCAGGCAAGAGCAGAACCCCUGAAAGACGCCGAUGAGCAGCUGCUUUAACGUGGUGUUUUAUUUUAUAAGCAGGAGUAUCACAUCAAUGUGGUAAACGUUUAACAGCACUACAUUUUUUUCAGCUGUGUCAACCAGUUUCCUAGUUUGACCAUCUAUAGUCUCAGUCUAAAGCCCAGCCGACUGUGCAGUGUGGGUAUGACUCUGCGACUGCAGCCCUCUCAAAAUGCAGAUUUACAUUCCAGUGAUAAAACCAAAGUUAUUUCCAGCUGCUGAAAUGCUGUGAAUGAUGUUUAUCACUGUUUAUCACUGGAGGACACCUUCUGCAGCCAGUUGCUUGUUGAAGAACUAAGUCAACAAGCAGCAAACUAACAAAAGCAACAGUAGAGAAGAGCUCGAAAUGAGGGGCUACAGUCACAGAGGAGAACAUGCAGCCAGUCUCACUGCACAUCAGUGAUUAAACUAGGUUCACGAAGUUUACAUUCAUCACGAUAGAUUUUAUAAAAUUAAUGAAGGUGAUAAAUGCAUUCGGAUAAAGCUCAUUUUGUCCACUCAUAUAGGCGGAACAAUUCGGCGCUUUUUAAAGGGAAGAAUCCCUCUUCAUGGUCAAGUUUGACCAAAUAGGAAAAAUGCGGUUAAUCCCAAAUCACAAAACAAAUGCGAUUCAUUUUAAUAGUUUGACAGCCCUGUUUUAAUACAUCCGUAUGUCUAAUUAAAACCAGCAGGUUUUGUGUUGAUUUCAAUGCACGUCUCGUUUAAUAGACAAUGCAUUCGCACAAAGGGCGCAGGCAUCCGUGCCAGAUGUUGAUUUGUGAUUUGGCUUGAAAACAUUUAUUUAACACAUCGUUUUUAAGAGUGUCCUGCGUUUUUUUUCCCCCCCUCUGAUUUCUGUUAAUCCUGAUUUAUGUUCACUGUACCUCCAUCUACGAAAUACACUGAAGAUAGACGUAUGCAGGUUAGUCGUGCUGGACUGGGCAUGGUGUCAUUACAGUCAGUGGCUUGGGGAGAGGGGUGGUCUUGGGGGGUAUACAAAAGUCUUUAUGAAGAUUUAUAUGUGCAGUAGGCGUUGUAGAUGAACAUGUACAUAUUUGCUUGUGUUGAGAGUUGAAGCAGUGGGUGUUUUUUUUUUUUUUUUUUUUUUUUUUUUUUUUCCCCUUCAUUUAAUUUCACCAUUCCCAAAGCUUAAAAACGACUGGAGUAGCGCGCUUGAAUGAUUGAUGAUGUGCUUCUUCUCCGUGUCAUGUGUCGGUCUUUUUCUGUUUGUAAACAUUUCAGCUUUAAAGACCCAAAAAUGGACCACACUGCUGCUGCACGUCCAGUUGGGAAAAAGCGUCUGGCACGGUUUCUCCAAGGCUGCUGUUGACUCGCUGCCUUUGGCCCUGAAAACGGGCCUUAACCAAUCACGUUACUGUUCUAAAGUAGCCGUCGUCAAGGCCAACACUGAGUGAGGGUGAGCGAUACAGCAAAAACCUGACAAAACGACUUUCUACCCUUAUAAACCCUUUAUAACUGGCUUAAACUUGGCUUAUUAAUGGUUAUAAAUUGGGUCAUAAGCACUUGAAACAUCUGAGAAGACCUGAUAAGUUUAGUAAAUAAUAAAGAUGAAUGUGAGCUCAGUUCACAGUUUAGCAGUGUGAGCUCACUACUAGGCAAGAAACAGUCACUGUUGCCCUUUUUGUGUACAAAUUAUAACUGCUGUUUAAUGAUUGGAGUUAAUAACCAGUUGUAAACUAACUUUAAACCAUUUAUAAACCCUUUAUAAGGAUCUUGUAAAGUCGUAUCCAUUUUCUCAGUACCUGGUGAGCAUCACGGACGUUUAGAAUGGGUAAAACGCACCAGCGAAAUGUUUUAAAAAGUUAUGGAUUAUUUUUAAUCAGUGUUUGCAAAAAUGCCGUUUAAGAAGAAACAGGAGGGAAACGAUUGAGUAACUGUUAAAAAUGAGCGAAAUGAGAUGGUCAUCCAAAAAGCUGCUUUGCUACUAUGCAGUUACUGUACAGUAGUCGUCAUUGUUUACAGUCUAUAAUUGGGCUUUUUUACGUUCAGUGUGAUAAUGAUGAGACCGCGUCAUAUCGCCCACCCCUAACACCCAGUGACACGAGCCUCACAGCGCGACUCCACCGAUUUGGAGCUCAGCCGUGACUGGAGCUGAAGCAGUAGCAGUAGCAGGAAGAACGCAGUUCUCACUGAGGUCCUCUUGUCAGUUUUGAAGCACUACACUCUAAACCGUCUGGGCCAGGGUGCGCAUGGCAUCGACCACAGUCACUUUUGUGCCAUUUGAUUUGUAAAUAAAAUAGUUUUGCAAACCUGUG